AAAGAGCAUUGGGUACGAGAGUGUGUACAGUUAAGCAGUGUUGCUGGAGAGGCAGACGUGGCGGCGGAGCACGGAAUAACUCGGGCAGCAACGUUCCCCCGAUAGCGCAAGAAUCUCAUACAAACUGCGCCAGCUGAUGGGGGAUUUUGGACUUCAGAUAGACAAAUACGUAAGAGCUUUAUCACCCGUGGAUUUUGACCAGCUUGCAGACAUAAACAAUCAGUCAUUUUUCACAGACCCGUUGCCUCUGAGUGAUAAAAUGCAAGAUGACACGCUGCUCGAAAAAUCUUCUGCAAAACAAACUACGUUAUCGCCCAACCCGCUGCAAACUAACGGUACUGAACAGCUUGAAGACGAAAGUAGUAAAACUAUGAAAAAUGGACUAUCAGUGAACUCAACAGAAGAAAAGAAAAGUGAUAUUUUGAAUUCAUCGCCUCUCCAUCUGGGUCUAUCGACAGCUGACCAUACUGUACCAAAUGUAAACGUUACACCUGUUUCCCUUUCAUCCUCAGCUGGCCUGGAUCUUAACCAGUGGUCAUCGGCCCCAGCAGACGACACGUUUUUCCAAGGCUUUCAGUCAAUCAAUGGAACUGUUACCUUCCAGCAGUUUCCGUCAGCCCCAAACUCCGUACUAGGCCAAAGCACCCCUGGAUUCCACUCUGUUAGUCAUGUUGGCGUAAGUGGACCUCAUCAGCAGCCUUCUUCAGCAAGACGCGCAAUAACGGCUCACCAUAAUUUUCCUCAGCGACAGGCCAACAUCAUGUUAAAUAAUCAUCCCAAAUCUUACCAGAAUUGGAGUAGCAACGCGCACCAGCCGCCAGUUACCUGGCCAGGCCAGCAGGGACAGGCGACACUAUGCCCUUGGGCUAGCAUGCCGCCUCAGCACCAGCGCAGGUCUGUGCCAAAUGUGAGUACGCUGACACCUUUGAGCAUGAAGAAACAGAGCAUUCAACACCAAAUACAGCAGCACCAGCACCAGCAGCAGACCCUGUUGGCACCCCCAAAAUUUCGCAGGAGCACCUCUUUCCCAGGUCAGAUUCAUCAAGCUACAGCAGGGAUCAAGCAGCUGGAUUUAAACACCUCAGAUGAUGUGGGUAUUCACAGAGAAGGGCUGGUUACAUAUCAGGAUCGCACUGGACAAUUUGACACAAUGAAGUUUCCAGCUCUUGAGAACCAGUUGUUAGAUAUUAUGAGGACAGCUUCAAUGGAACAUCAUUCUCAUGAAGGAUUUAAAAGUAAAAUUCCAUAUUUCAGUUACUUAAUAGAAGAAAAUCACUUGCUUGAAGAUGGCUCUUUGGAUCAAACUGUACCUAGUCUAGGCACUCCACCUCACUCCUCACCAAAUUCUGGCAUGGAACGUAUUGAGCGCUACUCCAGAAAAGUUUUUGUUGGUGGUCUGCCACCGGACAUUGAUGAAGAAGAGAUCACAGCAGCCUUUAGAAGAUUUGGACCCUUGGUUGUUGACUGGCCCCACAAAGCAGAGUCUAAGUCAUAUUUUCCUCCAAAAGGUUAUUGCUUCCUCAUUUUCCAAGAUGAACUGUCAGUGCAGAAUCUAAUUGAUAUGUGUCUUGUUGAUGAAGAAAAACUUUACUGGUGUGUCUCAAGCCCUACUAUGAAAGACAAACCGGUUCAAAUCCGACCAUGGACAUUGAGUGAUUCAGAUUUUGUAAUGGAUGGAUCACAACCUCUUGAUCCCCGCAAAACAAUAUUUGUGGGUGGUGUUCCUCGUCCACUCAGAGCUGUUGAACUAGCGAUGAUCAUGGACCGGCUGUAUGGUGGAGUAUGCUAUGCAGGCAUUGACACUGAUCCAGAGCUCAAGUAUCCAAAAGGAGCAGGACGUGUUGCAUUUUCUAACCAGCAGAGUUACAUUGCUGCUAUUAGUGCUCGUUUUGUGCAGCUGCAGCAUGGAGAUAUUGACAAAAGGGUGGAGGUUAAACCAUAUGUGCUGGAUGAUCAGAUGUGUGACGAGUGUCAUGGGUCAAGGUGUGCAGGCAAGUUUGCUCCAUUCUUCUGUGCCAAUGUAACCUGUCUGCAGUACUAUUGUGAGUACUGCUGGGCUCAGAUCCAUUCUCGUCCUGGACGUGAGUUUCAUAAGCCCUUAGUUAAAGAAGGAGCUGAUCGACCUAGGGCUGUUCCCUUCCGUUGGUGUUAAAUGGCAAGCAAGUGCUGGAGCACUGAGAGUUUAUUGGUUGCAUAUCAUUGUCUUCAUUCAGGCAGAGGGUAAGCCCAACUGAUGUUACAUAAAUGACUGUUGCAUCUGUUUUAAGCAUGAAUUACUGAGGUGUUUGAAAAAUGUUACUGUUAUUGGAGACUAAUAGUAAAACAUAGCCAAUUUCCGGUUUUUGGUGGGAAAAAACCUUGUUUUAUAAUAAUGCACCAACACUUAUAGUGUUAUCUCCACUCGUACAGACUUGUGUCCCAGAUUUUUAGUCACAACAGAUAAACAGUCCCAUAACAAUAUUUUUAUCUAGAUAUGAUCUUGCAUGUGUAUAAGCAGAUGUUUUGGAAAAUUAUCAGCCAGCAGAUUUCAGUAGUAACUUGCUGUUAUUGCUGGCCAGUUUAACAUGCAUGCAUACUUUCUGCCAUUUGUUUAUACUUAGUCAUUAGUUUUAAUGUUAAAUUGAUAUGUUGGCUGAUUACACUUAUCUGAGACAGAUAAUAACACCUGAUUCAUAUGGUUAAAAUCUAAAUUGAAAAGCUUUGUGUAUGUUGUGACCAAGUUAGUGGGACAACAAAAGAUGUCCAAACUAUAAUCAAUUGUUCCCAACAAGGAAAAAGUCAGUGCCUGGUGGAUUGUGAUUCAUCUGGUUAACUCCAUGCUCUUCUUUACCUUUAUCCCACCCAUGGUUGAGUACACUUGAAAAUCAUCUUUUCAUUCUGUCUUUUUUGGUUAUUUCACCUGCUGUCACUCAGAAAGGGGCACAGCGGUAUAUCAAUCACUGGUGCUGCUUCUCUCUGUGUUAAUGUCUUGUUGAUCCAGUUCUCUUUCAGGGAUGCCGUAAGGACUCCCACUCAUGUCAUUGUGAUAUGUUGUGUUAAAACAUAGAUAUCCUCAGCUGUCCAGUUAUUGGUACAUUUUUGGAGGAAACAGGUCAAAACGAGAUGUGAUAAAAGAUGAAGAAGAGAGAAUGUAGUGAUCUGCCGUAAGUUUUUCCAUCACUUAAUUGCUUUGGAUAUUUUAUUUUAUUCACUCAGAGCUUGAACUUUUUCAGUGAAGAAAGACAGCUUAGAAUAUUUUGCAAGGGUUUAUAAAAAGGCUAACACUACCUGAGUGUUGCAUCCAGUUGUCACUUUGGAAUGUGGCAUUAAUUUCAUUUUUUCCAAUACUAAAUAACCAGUAAUUGGUUUGUUAGUUGUGGUUUGUAACCAAAGACAUAACUGUUGUGGAUCCAUUAGCCAUCUUUUGAGAAUGUACAAUGAUUUUAAAAAAAAGUCUUGUGUAGUCUUGCUGUUAGUUUUGGUGUCACUUUCACAUAAUAUUAGGAAGAAGCUGUAAUCAGAAUUUUCUUUUGUGUGAUACCUGCAGUGCAACAUUCAUCGGCGGAAUGAGAAAAAAAAAAAUCAAAGAGCAAACCAAUAAUGCCUGCUUGCAGACAAUCCACUUAGCUGCAGAUUGUUCCAUUCAUGAUCAUUGCCUGAAUUCUUUUCUUUCAAAUGUUGUCUUGAGGUAGAUAAUAGUCGGUCCACAGAGACUGAUCACUGGGAUGGGUAUGUAUUUGCGUAAAUCUGCAGGGAAAAUAUAUUUUGUAGAGUGUAUGUAUGGUCUGUCAAGUCUGUACAUGUUGAUUUGAAACUUCAGCAUUUAUCACUUUGUAAAAUUACUACUAUUUAUAUAGUCCAUUUUUAUACAUUUGCGCAGAACUGAUAUCUUUUUAUUGCAUGCAAAAAUUAUUUUUGUUACAAAAUUGCCAUUUCUUUUUUACAACGUACUGUGAUUUCUCUUGACACAUUCACUGGGUAUUUUUGUGCAACUAGUGUGUACUGUAAUGUAGCCUUGCCUUGACACCAUACUUACCGGAUUUUGUACAGCACCAGCCCACGAGAGAAAAAAAGACUUGAUAACCUUUGCAAUUAGAAAUGUGAAUGGACUUUGAUCCUAAGCUAAACCAAGCACAUACCUCAAAAUAUGUGUUCGAUUUGUUUUCUUGCAAACCAACAUUUUGUAAACUCAGAAGUACUAAACCAGGGUGAACUCAAAUGGUUGUUAAAAUCUAGAAUUAAGAUCAUUGAUUCUAUUUCUCUGGUUAUGAAGAAAAAACAGGUUUCAUGUGAAAUCAUGCUCACAUACUGAUUUAUUUAGAAAAGUGAAGCAUUGUUGAGACAAAUCUGCUAUAAGUGAAAUUUUUCUGCUUCUACCCAGAACCCCAAUAAGAAUGUACCUCAUGAUCCUUUAAUGUAUAGAUGUAAAUAUUUGGUGUACCUGUUCUGGAUCAAAUGAGUAUUGUACUGAAAAUCCCAAAUUUUUGCUUCAAAUUACACUCUUGCUAGAACGUAAAGAUCUAAUUGAAUUUUAAAAACCAGAUCAUUCUACUUCUCAAAUUUUAAGCAGCCAUUUAACCCCCAGAGAGAAGAAUCUAAUCUUUAGUUUGCUCCUGUCCAUCUAUCAUAUUGUUGUAAUUGCCUUUUCUAGGUAUAUAUUUUCAAAAUGCUAAAACUCCUUUGCUUGAAAUAGGUUCCUCAAGACAGAUUUAGAUUGGAAAAAUGACAUGUCACAGGACCAGUGGGAUUCAAUUCCCACCAAAUAAUUUUUUUUAUACUUGGGGUAAAGAUUCAAAAUCUUUGGAAUUCAUUGACAUGCUGUUUUACUCCAAAUAAUAGGAAAUUCUGUAUGAUAGAAAUGAUAUUAGAGAAAAUCCUUUUCAAAACUGUUGAAAAACUUAAAGUUGGUGCAUAUACUUACAUAAUAAUAAUUGCAGAUAAUUAUAGCUGGUUUUCCAGCUGUGCAAACAUUUUGCUAAUGACUGUCAAGUUUGGCAUCGAUUUUAGAGCUUUUGAAAUUAAGAUUGUAAUAACUGAAUUGGAGAGACUAAAAGUUAUAAGUGUUCAAAGAAAGAGAACAGCAAUUUUCUUUAUACAGAUCAAUUUGUAGGGAACUAUAUUCUUGUCAUUGACACUUAUUUCAGUCACCUCCCCCCACCCAAACUCCAUUCUGUUUAUGUGUUAUAUUACCACAGUUGAUUUACCCUUUCUUUGCAGAAAAAAUACCCAACAAUAGCCACCUUUUAUUUAUGAUUUUAAGUUCUUUCUGUUAUGUCAUUUGUAUGGCUAAAUGCUAAGCUAUUCUGCAAUUCCUUGAAAUGUGGAUUACACGAUAUCAAUUAUUUGGAAAUAUGUGUUUGCAAAACACUGUAUUAAAAUAGCUUAUUAAUUCUUCACUGCUUCUUCGUGUAGUCACAAGAACAUUAUUUUGCAUUUCUAGCAAAACUAUAAACAUGUGAAGACAAUAUGGCAUAUAUAUAUAUAAAAACAUGAAUAUUAUUUUUUUCUGUGCAGGAAUCCAUAGAUCCCUUUUAAUAAUGUUUCAGUGUCUUUGGUGUAAGGUUUUGUGUUCAUUGUGUAAUGGGAGUGAUGCUGAAAUUAUUAGUAAUGAAAUUCCAUCUGGUUUGUCAGGGAGUGCAAUGAUUUCAAGGUUGUGCAUUAGUCUUAAUUUAUUUCUGCUCAAUUCUAGAACAUCUGUAUUUGGUGACAUGGUGUUCAAGGUUUUAUAUUAGAACACAGUUGCAUAUAUACAGAUUUUGGAUGGAAUUCUCACUUGGAAAAGAAGCUGUAUAAACUGGAAAUAUUUAUUUUUGUAACCAAGAUAAUUUAUUUCAGUUGUAAUGAGUUGUGCAUAAAAUUGUCAGUAAUUACCUGUAUGUGUGUUUGCAGUUAAGUGUUAAAUUAUUUUCAGUCAGACAGGUCUAUUAACUCUUGGUGUACCAGUCAUUUGAGCAGACUUCACACCUUGUGUUUGAAGUAGCCUUUUCAUCUGGAGUUCCUUUAUCUUUCUUUGAAUUCUGUUAAAAAACAAAAGUGACAUUAAUCAGGAAGGCAACUAUUUUCUUGGCCAACUUGCAGCUGUUUUGCGAGUUGCUAAAUUUAGCACAUUCUGAAGCAUUGCUACAUGUUGAACUUUUUUUUUUGUAUUGGUCUGUAAUUUUUUUUGUUUCAAACAAGGAGUUGUAGAAGGUAUUUUUAUGUGUUGCUACAACAAUACACCUGUUUUUUUAUUGUUACAUAUUCUUCCUGUUUCAACUUUGCAUGGUGUUUGGAUAAAAUAAUUCAUAUUUUUUAAAAUGUGACUUUUUGAAGUUAGAUGUUUGUGUGUUUCAGGUUUUUUCUCCCAGGCUUAGUGUUGUUGUUGGUUUUUAAUCUCUGAUGUUAAAAUGUUGUCAAUUUUGGAGUAACUAGCACUUUUAUAAAUGCUUCCAUUUUUGUAAAAGUUGAUAGGAAAGGAUGUUCAGAUUGAAUGUGGUGUGCGCCAUUGAAGGUGCUUUAGUAAGUUGCAUGGUCCUUAAUAAUAUGUUUGGUUCCUGGUAUGUAACAGUGUGUCAAAAAAUGAUUACAUUUUAAUGUAAUUUCAUUUGUUGCCCACGCAGACUGCUUUCUCAUAUCCGAUCUGUGAUCAGGUAAGGCAUCUGAGGGCCAUCUUUCUUUUUAGCUGUCCCUUUUCAACAAACUUUUUAAAUACCCUUAAUGUGAGAGAAGGACCUGCAGCCUUUACUACAAGACUUCUUUACUGCAGACUAUAUAACAGAAAACACACUGACUGAUAUGUGAUAGAUGAAGAUUGUUGUUACAGAGUCAAAUCAGGUGGAGUCAGCAAUAAGUUAUGAAAUAUGUAGAUGUCGCAUAGGUAUAUAUUGCAGUUUCUUUGGUAAAAUAGGUAAAUGUUUGAAAAUGAGAACCUUGGUUAGAGUUGUCCGCAUCACAUCUGAAGCCCUUUAGUUUAUUUUGAACAUAUUUUUGAAUGACAAGGUGCAGUAAUUGGUCAUUGCAUUUUGCAGAGGAAUAUGCAUUUCCCAUUAAAGUAUCUCCUUCACUUUUGCUCACACACUGUCACUUUAACUUACAUGGAUUACUUUUAGAUAUCAGUACCUGUUGAUACAAUUUUUUUAAUGUGCAUGUAUCAGUUUUUCUGUUCUUUGAACAUAUUCCUUGCUUCCAGAAUAUUUUUUUAGGUAAAUAAAGACUCAGAUUUUUCCUGUCUUCAAAUUUGAUUUGGGGAGAUCAUUGUAGCACAUCAUGUAGGCAGGCAGUUGGUGAGUAUCCUCAAACUGCACUGGCAUCCUUUUUAAUAAAAGAACAGUUCCCUUACCCACCUGUCUCCCUUGUAUUUGAAGAUGUGUUUCUUGAUGAUUAGGUUGUGGAUGCAAAGAGGAAAGAUUACAAUGUGGUUUUGUAUUGUAAAAAAAAAGUUCAUAGGGCGUUAUAUGCUUUCUUAUAAAAUGCUUUAGUUUCUUGCAAUUAAAAGUAAAACUUAAUUGACUUGUGAAUCGAAAUUUAACAACUUUCAUGCAGCUUUUUAUCAUUCCAUUUGAAUUUUAUACUUGAACUCGUAGCUUGUUGAAAUAUUACCAAAUGGUACACACAAAGCUUAUUUUGGUGCACCCAGAAUGAGUUCAUAUACUUUUGCCACUUCUUGUAUGAUGCAGUAGGAUGUAAACCAUUUUUUAGCACAAAUUUGAAUGCUGUAAUUUUAUAAACUAUCACACUUCCUAGCCUCUCUCUUUGAAAGAAAAGAGUACUGUAUUUAUACUUUUUCACAUUUGCACCAUUCCAUAGAGUUCUAUUUUUCCUACGUCAUGUAUGUAAUAGUUUUCUGUGAACAUUUUAAUACACAUUAGAGUAGUUUUUGAAACAGAAUGAUAUGAUCUUGGAGUUUCUUUUUGUACAACACUCAACUUUUUGACAAAAAAAGACUGCCUAUCCACUGCAGUUUUUAAUGUGUGAAAGCAAACAGCGCUGGUCAGUUGAAGGACCAGCGACAUAAUUUUGAGACAUGCACCAUUUGCUACUUUUAUACAGACCAUAUGUAUUCUGUCGAAGUAAUUUUGUUGGUCAUAGUAUUGUAAUGAACUUUUUCUUGCUUGCACUGAUUUAAGGCUGUGUGAUUAGUGUUAGAUGCUAGGUAGCCUUGGACUUCACUUGUGUCUUAUUGAAUUACUGGGGUUUUUUUUUUUUCAACGUUUGCCAAAAUUUGUUGAUGUACCUUCCAUCUAUUAUUUUCUGCAGUAUGCAGAUUACAUCUGAAAUGGAAAGUUCCAACUGGGUGGGGGUGUGGUUGUGGGCUGUAUUUGCAGUACUAGAUCAACAUCUGUUCUGAUUUUAGAAGUUUAGAUUUUAAAACUGUAUGAAAAAACUGAAUGGACAGGCAUAGUUAGGAAAGUAGUUAUGCAGUAUAUCAGACAUGUUGAGAAUAAAUUGCUUCAGUAGAAGGCAUCAGUAUUCUUAGGGAUCAGGGUAAAUGUGGAAUCCAUGUCAGAGCACUCACAAAUAGAUCCUAAGGAAGAAACUUGGGGUGAUUUGGAGCGUAAUGGUACAUAUAGGAGACUGUUGGAACAUGAGUCAUCUUCAUGUCUGUUUUCCUUAGCAUCAGCAGGGCAAGAUUAGGUCAGAUGUCAGCAUAAAGUCAUGAUCAUGAUCGAGGCUCAUCAUGCCUUUAAAAUAGAUAAUACCUACAUGCUAUUUGUCACUUCAGCGUUAUAUUUAAAAAAUAACCAGUGCCUUGAAAGCUGUACAAGACAUUCGCACAGUUGAAUGUUAAUUUUGUGGAUUGUGAGGCUAAUGUUUCAGUGAAGAUAGUACCACAAAAGUAGCUGUUCUUCUAAGAAUCCUAUUUUCCUUUAAAGUGGAUACCCCAUAUCAGGAAAGAGGGAAUCAAAAUUUAUCACAAAUAUUAACAGUUCCUUUAAUGUGAAUGGUGAUGUUAAUCACCUGUCAGAUAAUCUCUGGCAUAAAAUGCACCUGUCAGCAACAUAAUAAUAAUACAGCGAAUAUAUAACACCAUAUCCCAGUCCUAUGGGCAGGCUUAUGGUGCUUUACAGAGAAACAUACGGACAGACGCAAUAAUCAUAGAAUACUAUUUGAGAUGAAAGAUAUGUAGCAGAAGCUACUGCCGGCUUGCACAAUUCAUUUGAAAAAAAAAACUGUUAUCCAGGCUGCAAAUGUUUCUUUCCACAACGUCAGUUGUACUUUUUUGUACUUUCGCAUUUUGUGAGAAUGGCUUGGCUUUAGAAAUCUCAUGCACUUACCCACCCACACAUAUAUUCACAAAUUGGCAAAUACAGGACAGACCAGUCAAAUCGGAUAAUGAACACCUGCUAUAUAGAUCAUGUUUUAAAAAGAAAAUUGGUGUGGUUCUUGCAGGCCUUACGAGCUGAAUAGAUUGUCAAGAACUGAAAGAUAUGACAGCACCAUAUGCACUUGCUUCUCUUUCAUAACUGUUCUUCACUUUAAUUAAUACUUUUAGAAACGUAUGGUGUUUGUUUUUUGUUAUACCAUUUGGAUGAUUUAUAUUUGUUUCAAUACAAGAAAAUGUGGCAGAUAUGUACUCACUUGUAAAGGGUUUUCUCUAUGACCACCAAAGUAUGUUAUACUUUAUAGCUAUUACAUUAAUUUUUUAAAACUAAUUUUAUUAAUUAUUUUAAAAAAUUUCUCUCCUUUAUUUAGUCUUCUUGCUGUUGAUUACUGAUUGUAUGAGGUACAUUACUAGUCGGAAAGCAUGUAUUUUUUAUAGUAUAAGAAUACUCGAAAAUGCCAGAAAUCGUCUUGUCUAGUCACUUUAAUAAAGAAAACUUUUUUAAAAAUAAUGUACCACUGUUGCACUGCUAAAUUAGUUUUUCCUGGCAACAUGCUUUCUUUUUAACAUUUUUCAGUCUGUGUAUAUUAAUAAAGAAUAAAAGGAUUUUUAAAGUAAUGUUUUCCUCAUUGUUUUCAUAGCCUCAUUUACAGAUUUUAUACAGACCUGCUUGAUGCUUUUUAUUAAUAGGUAGAAACAUAGAUGGCAGAUCUAUUCCAUAAAAUUUCACUAUAAGGCACAGUCAAUUGCCUCUGUAGUCUGCUUUGGCCAGUAUUAGGUGUUGCUUAGCUUGGAAAAAGGUUUAUUCUUCCACACUUAGCUGUCAUAGCUGCAUUAAAAAAGUCUGCUAAUUGAUAUUUGGUAUGCAUGAAAAAUUAAAAAAAUAUUCAAACCCACUGUUUAUCUACAUUACAGGAAAACAAUUUAAAAGAAAACUUAUCAGCUCAGAAAAUAUUGGCUAUUGAUUUUCGUGAUGAACUGGUGUCAGAAGUUUCCUUAAAUAUCUGCAUACUAUUUUGAUGAGCAUUUUAUUUUUUAAGUCUGGUUCAAAUGCUGUUUAUGAAACCUUUGUUAUUCUUCUUCAGUCUGGAUUACAAAGAUUGUGAAACAGCUUUUUCUUUUUCAUAUGUGGUAUUGAGUUGGCAAAAGCCUGUAGCAAGCAUUUUCACCUAAACACAUACAGGUUUUAACCAUUUGAACAUGGGAUAAACCUGAAACAAAACCCUUAUUUCAUUGUUGUAGAUUUUUUAAUGCUUUUGAUGAGAAUUGGUAUUUAAUCUCGGUUCGAACUGACGUAGGAGACUUGCAAGCUGGAAGCAUGUAAAGUCAUGUGCUGUUUCUUUCACUGCGGGUAAAGUGAGUACAGACAGAUUUGGCCAGUUGUUUGUUGUUAUAUUUAGUAUUUUGGUCAUUGUUUGUUCAAGUUGUUUCUCAGAUGUAUUGUUUUAGCACUUUUUUUAAAAAUGAAAACCGGACAAGUGGGCUGCUGCCAAAAUCUUGUGAAGUUUGUGCUGUACACAUACAUCAUGAUGAUUGCCAUUUGUUAUUUGUAGCAUUAUUUAUCUACAUAUGUAUAUUUUUUGUUUAGACUGUAUAGUUUGGCUGAUGUCCACUAUUUAUUAUCAUGUUUUAUUUUUCUUUAUGUCUAAUUUAUUCCUGAGAAUACAGUUACAUAUUCAACACAUCACUUGCCAUUUUGCUCCUGCAGGGGUGUAGAAGAUUACAUCUUUGAACUGUCUGCAGUGUUUCCAUGUGUAAACUUGGUGAUGGGAUGGAACUCUUCAAGUGCAAUAUUUCACAUUCAAUUUUAUUUCUUAGCCUUGUUUAUUUUAAGCUAUAUGUUAUUGUUAUGUCUAAGAGGAAUGCAGCUGUUAAUACUUAGGCCAUUGUGGCACACCUACAGCACUAUUUUUAUUGGGAAAAAAAUGUGUUGGAGAACUGUGUAUAGAAAUGUGGAUAACCAAUACUCUCUGUACUAACAUGAUUCUUACACAGUACCAGUAGAGUAUAGCAACUGCUGUUAAAUUCAGUUUGAAAAAUAGUUUAUCUAGUUUUGUAAUCCGGUAUUAUUGUGGUUGCAUGUCUCAGUUCCUUUUUUGUUGGUGCCCACUCCUCCAGUGCUGAAGGCAGAUCAAGGACAGUUCUUUGCUCUUAGUGGUACACAUUUGUCAUAAGUAUUUUUUUAGUUCUGUCUUUCAGUAUUAGUACCGUUUUAAUGUGUACAGUAAUUGUGUAUUUUCUGACAUUGAUUUAAGGGGUUGGGGUUGAAUUUUGGGUUUGUGUUUGUGCUUUGUUCUGUGUCACAUACAAUUUGUUUUUGGUUGAAUCCUGUGAAAGGAUUAAAUAUUAAUUAGCAUAUUUUUGGAUCUUUGAUUCCUCCCUUCCCCCAAAUGGUAUUGCCUUUUGUUACACAAGAAUAAUUGCUGGAAUAUUUUCCACGGAUUUUGCGUCUGCAAGAGAUAUGCCUUUAGAUUAACAUUGGUUGUCAAGUUUAAACUUACAACCUGUUACUCAGCUGAUAAGUGCAUGUGAGUUCCUGAUUGUCGACCAAUUUUCAUACAGUUGUGUUUUGUAUAUGGGAAGUUCAUUAGCUAUUUUGUUGAAUGCAGUUAAGAAUUAUCUUAAAGUUUCUAUGUUUUUAAUAAAAGAACCUGUUCUUUUAUAACGUCUUUGGUGUCCUUGGUGGCUUUUUUAUUUGACAUUUUGAUGACUUUUUCCCCUAUUUUGACAUCAGAUUCAGUGCAAAAGAUACAGGCUGUUUACACUGGUUUGUGAUUGUGGAUGGUAGGCUGGGGUUCGUUUCAUUUGUUGCUGCGAUGUUAUUUAUACUUUUAAACUAAUUUUGUAAUAACUUUUUAAUCUAUUACAGUUUGUGUAUGGAUUUUCUUCAGGCAAAUAAAAGUCUUCGGUAUUUGACA